GAAAUAGCUUUGUUUACUUUGAGUUCUCUGGUAUCUGCUAGGAAGACAUACCUCACCAGUUAUCUUGAAGCUCUUUCUCUCCUUUCCACGCUCAUCAGAAGCUCAAAGAAGCUUCUGUCACCUGGCUAUGGAAGUCUUCAUUCUGCUAGUCCUCAGCAUUGGACUUUGCCAAGCCGGUCUUGUCCAAGAUGAAGUGAGCUGUGAUGACCCAGAAGUUUUUGAAGCUGUGGCUAGAGCAAUAAAAGAACUUAAUGAAGAGAGAACUCAAGGAAAUAAAUUUGCUCUCAAUGUCGUCCUUCAUGCCCACAGAAUAGCAGAUAAAAAAUUCCACGUCAUCUAUCAAGUAAGAGAAACCAUGUGUCCAAUUGCUGCGGACAAGCCUUGGCAAAACUGUGAUUUUUCGGGAGGAGAUUAUGGAAACUGUACAGCUAUCAUUGAUAUUGCCUCACAAGAGUCAAUAUCACAGGAUUGCAAAUUUGGCCCAGGACAGGAGAACGUAGUACAAUCUUUUGCAAAUUGCCUGGGGUGCUGGCAUCCCAUAGAUCCUAAGAGUUUGGAAGUGCUUCCUAUUGUGAGAUUCACCAUACGGCAAUUUAACAAUCAAAGUCAACAAUCCGCCUUAUUCGAAGUUAAAGAAAUGAAAAAAGCGACCCGUCAGGUGGUUAAUGGAUGGAAUUACAAUUUGGAAUAUUCGAUAAAAGAAACAAAUUGUUCCAAGAGUGAAUUUCUAGAUUUGAGCCCAGCAUGUAGACAUCUUCCUGAAGGGCAAGAAGGUUCCUGUACAGUUACUGCCCACAUUGACAAUGCAAACACACUGGUCCAUGCACAACAGGAUUGCAAAGUGCAAGUUGAAGAAAAAGUGGGACUGCCCAUUCAUGUGUGUCGUGGCUGCUCCCGCCCGAUUGCAACGGAUAGCCCAGAACUAAAGGAGCCUCUGCAAAUUGCUAUAGAAUCCUUUAACGCAAAAAACAACAGUGACUUUCAUUUCAAAAUUAUAGGAGUCAUAGAAGCAACAAAACAGAUUGUGGCUGGGACAAUGUAUCGAUUUGAAUUUGUAAUUCAGAAAACAAAUUGCUCCAAGGCUGAAGUUGAGAAGUUAACUGAAGAUUGUACCGCUGCUGAAGAUGGUAAGCAGUUGUUCUGCCGUGGCUGGGUUUACAUGAAACUCUGGGAGUCAUUCAUUCAACAUCAAAUAACCUGCAGCGAGGCCCGAAUUUCAGAGCUGAUACUUAGGGUACCUCCUGGUUUCACCCCUUUCCGAAAUGCACGCAGUGUCGCUACUCAAACGGAAGAACCAAGCGUUGUGGAGGACUUCCAUCCUGAUCCGAGAGGACGCCCCACUCAUGAAAAAAAGUUGGUCUAUGGCCAUGUCCACAAACUCAGACACGGCCACAGACAUGGCCACAGACACGGCCACAGACACGGGCAUAAAAAGCCAACAGAGAGUUCUUCUGAAGAAGUUACAGUUCUACCAGCUGUUGAAACUCCAAGUCAAGCUUUUCUGGAACAGGAGCCUAACAUCAGAAGUACCUCUACAGAUCCCCCCAUUUUCUUACAUCAGCUGCCGGAUCUACCAGAACCACCACAAUGUCCUGGGACACCAUGGAAGCCUAAAAGAGAUCCAGAGCCUCUAGAUACUGGUUUUAGCGAUUUUGAUCUUUUGGAUGCUCUCCAGGAUUAAAUUUUUUAAAAGGCAGUGAGUUAUUUCUCCAGAAAUGUUCUACUCUUGGAAAUGAGAAGAGUUCUUGGGAUUUCUGACUGCAUAAAAGCGUAAUACUUAAACACAGUUGCAGCCAAGUUUGGUCGGCAGCAUCAGCCUCCCUAGUUUCUUAACGUUUUGCAAGAUACAAUAGUUAGCCAAUAAUGAAACAAGGACUGUAAUUCAGUCGGCUCGAUCAGCCAGCAAGAUGCACAACUGCCUUCUACAGAACCAGCAUUGCCUGCAUUUAACCCUGGAGAAAAAUAUAUUUCCUGGAAGAGAAAGGAGCCUUUGCAGAUCUACAGCAGCUCAGUGGGUGAAUUAUGUUAAUUUUCCCUGCAGUCAAGUCAGGCUGGAAUUUCAAAUGUGAUUUGAACUAUACUUGAUUAUUUCCUACGCCAUGAUUAUUUUAUGAUAAAGCUGUAGUAAGUUCAAUACAAUUAUAUUAAUUAGCCCACUCUUUCUAUUACUGGUUUGUGAUCCUUUUUGUUCAUACACUUUUCCUUGGCUAUCGCAAAUAAAAGACAUGUACCAAAGCA